AUGCUGCUCCCCCAUGACGUCGCUGUCCGGAGGGCGAAGAGUGCGGUGGCGGAGUUCCCCGACAACCCAGAUGAUCUCUGGGAUAUCAAGAUGUGCCCCGAGACGGGGUACAUUUCUGUGGGGGUGAGCCACAAGGGCCAUGUUUCGAAGCCCCCGGUCCCAGAGGAACGCGAAGCCAACCGCCUGCAUGGAGAGGCGGUGAAGAAGAAGAAGGAUGCGGCGAAAGACGCCGCCACCAGGAAGAGGGAGAGGAAGAAGAGGCACAACAAGGAGUGCAAAAUUGCACAUGCGGAGGGGAGGCCGCGGCCCGCCACGCCCGAGUCCACCGAGGAGGAGGACUCCUCGGAGGUGGAGCUCAAUUUCUCGGAUGACGACGAGGCGGUGACGGGCGCGGGCUCCCCGCCGGUCUACCGAGGGGCUGGCGGUGAGGGCUCGACGGUGAUGCUGGGCAAGGCGACGCUUGCGCCGGGAUCGUUGGUGGAUCCGCCCCCCGCGAGGGCGGAGCAGAGGUCGCCCACGCCGGAAGCGGGUCAGAGGUUGCCCACGUCGACAGCGGGCAGGAGGUCGUCCACGCCCGUGACGGGGCAGAGGUCGCCCCCGCCGGCGAUGGGUUGGAGGACACCCGCGCCCACGGUGUCGACGGGCGGCGGAGGGUCCGCGGCGAGUGUGGAGACGCCCGUGCAGAAGGCCUCGAGGCGCCAGGCCAACCCGAGGGUGGCGCCCUCGGGCCAGUCAUCGGGAGGCGUCAGCGUGCCGCGGGCCCGGAGGAGCGGCAUGGGCAAGCGCAGCAUGAGCGCUCGGUCGGAGUAA